AAAAAGCACACAGAGUUCACAAGCAGAGUCAGCUUUAGAGAGGAGACAAUUCUUUUAGACUGUCUAAAAGAAUUCCAACAUGGCCGUUCAGAGAAGAAUCACUUCGGUAACAAUGGCUAUAUGCAUGAUGGUUGUCAUGGGGACAUGUGCCCAAAGGUCAACAAUACUAAAAGGGACUUGUGUUUUGGAACCAGAGAGCAAUGAAUCUGUGAGGACUCAAGUUCGAGUGGAUGGUAAUACCACAGGUGCAUCAAAUAGCUUGGGAAUUGAGAAUCUAGAAAAUGCAAUAGAAGAACUCAAAGCAAGAACAACAGCCCUAGAAGAAGCACUGUCCAUUCAGGGGAAUACAACAAAGACUGGCAAUGUUAAUGAGGGUUACGGAGAGUCUAGAGAUCUUCCUGGAUCUAGCUGUAAAGACAUUCAGCAAAAGAGAAGCGGAGAUGAAAACCUAAAAUCUGGAACAUACUGGAUUCGUUUCAGUUCAACAUAUACCGUUGAAAUGUUCUGUGACAUGGACACUUACGGGGGAGGCUGGACAUUAGUGUGGACUUAUGGAUUUAAACAACCUACCCAUUUCAGUUCAGAUAGUAACUAUGUUAUCCCACGUCCAAAUUGGAAUACGCGAAUGUAUGAGACAGAGAUCGCAGGUGACAUUUCCGUGACACCACCAAAGGAUAUCACGACACCAGGUGCACUGAGCUUCCCUUUAUGGAAAUCAAUCGGCCAGGAGUUCCUAGUUACAUCAAACAUUAACAACUGGUAUAGCUGCAAACCAAAUGGCGGAAAUUUGGUUGAGAUGGAAUUUGGACCAAUUAGUUGUCACUUAGUGAAGGUCCAAGUCAAGAUGUGUGCAGAUCGUGGAGCCGUCCCAUACAGGCUAGUGAAAGGAAACUGUGGGCCUGCUUUGAGUGGAAGUGGGAAUUUUUAUUACUAUGAGGGAUGUGGGUAUGAUGGACGGGGAACUACGGCACCAGCGCAUGAUCCAUGUGGAGCUGGUAUAAUUUACUUGUAUGUCAGCUACCUGGAUAAAUUUCAAAUUGAGGCCCAAGGACAUAUUUUUAUUCGCUAA